AUGCUACCACAUGCUCUUUCAUCAUAUGAUAUGCUAGCGUUCAACGACAACUUCCGAUUCUUUUAUCUCAAAAGUAAACAGCAUAUCGCAGCCGUAGCCAACUGGAUGAGCGCUGCUGCUAUCUGGUUGAUUCUAGCUGUUUCUGUUGAGCGUUUCUUGAUAAUUCGAUCACCACUGCGAUCAAAACUCUAUUGGCAGCGGGGGAAGAUGGCAGUGGAAAUUUGUGGCGAUUUUUCAGGAUUGCUCACUCUUUAUCACCAUUUCGAGUAUGACUGCACACUGAUGGAGUUUUGCAAUGGUAGCCAACUUAUAGACUUUUGCUAUUAUGCGGGCGAGAAACACCCCAGAACGUUUCUUAAGAAAGAACUGAUUCUUCCUAGCGAGGUUAAAAAGGUCUACAUGCGGGUCAUGACCAUAUUCAAUGCACUUCUGGUAAGUUUAAUCAGAUCAGGAAUCAUACAGUUGGUGGUUUUUGCGCCGAUACUUCUGGUUAUUCUUCUUAACAUGCUUAUGAUGCGAGAACUUCGUUUUAAUGACAAGUCAAUUCUGGAAACUUUUCACGGCUCAUUUACAAAAAAUCAACAUCGUCAACGACGUCGUGUCACUGUGACGGUCAUAGCAAUCGGGUUGUGUUUCUCGCUCACUCAGGGGCCAUCAGCUGUGAUGGUGAUUUGGGAAUUAUUCGCUGGUUAUGCUCAUCUUGGCGCUACGUUUUAUGCCAUAUUCAGCAUCACCAACAGCCUUGUCGUCACGGGGAAAACGAUCAACUUCAUUCUGUUUUGCCUUUCGUCGGAACAUUUUCGCCGAAAAUGCUUCAUUAUGCUGUUUCGAAAGUUUCCACGGUUGUCGCAGAGCAGUUUGGGUCAACGAUUAAGUGUCUAUACGAGAAGCAAUUCUGCAGACGUUCGCGGUUCUUUACGCACGUUACGUUCCUAUCGACGGAGUUCUGUGCAAACACUACCGCGGGAACAACGGGAAAGUUCACACCUUCGAGAGAGCUUGGUUUUGGCGAACUCAUUACGUACCGAUUGA